CGGCGGGCGGGGCGGCCCGGGAGCCACACCCUGAAACUACCUGUGCGCGACAGGAAGGGCCCGGCAGAGCCUCUGCGGCCGGAGCGCUGGGCCUGAGACCGGAACCAGGCCCACCCCGCGCCCCGGCCCCGCGGCGAUGGCCUGAGCCGCACGGCGUCCGGGACCAUGAAGAGCGAGCGGGCGCGCAGGGGCACAGGCGGCUCCGGGGGCCUCGGCGCGGGACUCAAGUACACCUCGCGGCCGGAGAACAUGAAUGGCUUUGAGGAGGGCGUGGAGUUCCUGCCGGCCAACAACACCAGGAAGGUGGAGAAGGGCGGCCCGCGGCGGUGGGUGGUGCCGGUAGCCGUGCUGGCCGGCCUUCUGGUGCUGUCCCUCAUGGCGGGGCUCCUGGCGUGGCACUUCCAGCACCGGAACGUGCGGGUCCAGAAGGUCUUCAAUGGCUACCUGAGGAUCACGAACGAGAACUUUCUGGAUGCCUAUGAGAACUCCAGCUCCACUGAGUUUGCAAACCUGGCCAAGAAGGUGAAGGAGGCGCUGAAGCUCUUAUACAGCGGGAUCCCUGUCCUGGGCCCCUACUACAGGAAGUCAGCUGUGACCGCCUUCAGCGAGGGCAGCGUCAUCGCCUACUACUGGUCGGAGUUCAGCGUCCCCAAGCACCUGGUGGGGGAGGCCGAGCAGGCCCUGGCGCAGGAGCACGUGGUCACGCUUCCACCCCGGGCCCGCGCUGUCAGCUCCUUCGUGCUGACCUCGGUGGUGGCCUUCCCCACUGACCCCAGAACAGUACAGAGCACCCAGGACAACAGCUGCAGCUUUGCCCUGCACACCCGUGGCAGCGAGCCGACCCGCUUCACCACGCCCGGCUUCCCCAACAGCCCCUACCCGUCUCACGCCCGCUGCCAGUGGACCCUGCGGGGGGACGCUGACUCCACACUGAGCCUCACCUUCCGCAGCUUCGACGUCGCGACCUGUGACAAACGUGACAGUGACCUGGUCACUGUGUAUGACAGCCUGAGCCCCGUGGAACCCCGGGCCGUGGUGCAGCUGUGUGGCAGAUACCCUCCCUCCUACAACCUGACCUUCCUCUCCUCCCAGAACGUCCUGCUCGUCACGCUGGUGACCAACACCGAGCGCCGACACCCCGGCUUCGAGGCCAUGGUCUUCCAGCUGCCUCGGAUGAGCAGCUGUGGAGGCUACUUGCAUGCAGCCCAGGGGACAUUUAGCAGCCCCUACUAUCCAGGCCACUACCCGCCCAACAUCAACUGCACCUGGAACAUCGAGGUGCCCGACAACCAGCACGUGAAGGUGCACUUCAAAGCCUUCUUCUUGCUGGAGCCCAACGUCCCCCUGGGCUCCUGCUCCAAGGACUACGUGGAGAUCAACGGGGAGAGGUACUGUGGCGAGAGGCCCCAGUUUGUCGUGAGCAGCAGGAGUGGCAAGAUGACUGUCCACUUCCACUCGGACCAGUCGUACACGGACACCGGGUUCCUGGCCGAGUACCUGUCCUACGACGCCAGUGACCCGUGCCCGGGCAGGUUCAUGUGUAACACGGGGCGGUGUAUCCAGAAGGAGCUGCGCUGUGACGGCUGGGCUGACUGCACCGACCACAGCGACGAGCUGCACUGCCAGUGCAACGCCACCUACCAGUUCACGUGCGCGGACAAGCUCUGCAAGCCCCUCUUCUGGGUCUGUGACUCCGUGAAGGACUGCGAGGACGGCAGUGACGAGCAGGGCUGCAGCUGCCCGCCCGGGACCUUCAGGUGUAGCAACGGGAAGUGCCUCCCGCAGAGCCAGCGGUGUGACGGGAAGGACAACUGCGGGGACGGGUCCGACGAGGCCGCGUGCGACCACGUGAGCACUGUCACCUGCACCAGACACACCUACCGCUGCCUCGACGGGCUCUGUGUGAGCAAGGGCAACCCCGAGUGUGACGGGAAGAAGGACUGUAUCGAUGGCUCGGAUGAGAAGGACUGUGACUGUGGGCUGCGGUCGUUCACCAGGCAGUCUCGGGUUGUCGGGGGUGAGAACGCGGACGAAGGUGAGUGGCCCUGGCAGGUGAGCCUCCACGCCCUGGGCCAGGGCCACGUGUGUGGGGCUUCCCUCAUCUCCCCCAGCUGGAUGGUGUCCGCCGCCCACUGCUUCAUCGACCACAGAGGAUUCAGCCUGGAGGCCAGGGGCCCUGUAGAGCGCCCCCAUCUGGAUGCAUCUGAGGUUGUUCUCGUGAUUAGACUGGGGUCAUGAGUGUUCGUUUGGAAGAAAGUCACGUUGUAUCAGCAGGUAAAUGAUGUCAACGUGGCUUAUCUCUGGUGACGCUCAUCUCAGUCAUCUGGUUAAGACGGUGAUGCCAGCUCUCUCCCCUCGGAAGUGUUUCCCCCUUCUGUACUCUAUUCUUUGAAAAUGAGUCAGUGUGGAAUUGCUUUGUAAGGAAGCUUUGUCCCUUCUCUCCCAUGUAUUUAUUUAAUCAUCUAUUUAUGUUUGUAGGGACUCGUGCAUAUAUUUAUAUUUCGGGUUGUGAUCCAAUACCGUGUUGUUUACUGUCGCUAGAUUGUUCCAGAGCUGACCACUGAGGGCUCUCCAGGCUGGCGCCCGGCUCCCUAGGACAUGCCCCCGUUCUUUUGUUUUUCUGAGCCACCUCCUUGCUUUCGGACGCCACCUGGUGCUCUAGGCUCAUCCUGUAUCUUCCUGGUCCGGCCCCAGAGCUAGGCAUUCCCUGAGAAGAAACCAAGAUCUGGGUGCUCUGCACCCACGCGGUCGCCACAGUCCCCGUUCCUAGCCCCGUCUCCAGGGUGAGCUGGGAUGUGCGUGCGCUUCCUGAAGCACCUGCCCCUGGGCCCUGCCCUGCUUCUUCCUCUUUCCCUUGCUUCAUCUUUUCAUUUCUCAUUUCCUUUUCCUUCAUCUUCCCCUGCUCAGCAGUCUUACUUCUGCCCAUUAAUGCCCUCAACAGCCAUUGUUACCAUUGGCACCGGGAGAGGAAGCUGAAUUAGACUUGGUCCCUGCACUUCCAGACGUCCCAGGGUAGGGGGACAAGUUGCGAUACACACGUGCACGUAGUAAGGGCUGUGCCAGAGCUGGGGGGAGGCUGCCGAGGGCCCAGUGUGUGGGUUAGAGCGCCCCUGAGGGCUGGGGAGGGUGGCUGCUGGGAAUGCCUUUAUGGGCAGGGUGUCUGGUCUGCUGUUGAAACGUGAGGGUGUUUGUCACUAGACCAGGUGACUCAGACCUUCCAGGCAAAGGGAGGGUUGUGAACAGGGACAGGCAGGGGUGAAGUGUGCCAGGACCUGGAGUGCAGGUACUUUGGACACAUUUCUGAGUCAGCAAGCGAUCCCAGGGUGUUACCGAGAGGUGGCAUCUCGUGGUCAAGAGCAUGGGCUGCUGGGUUCAGACGGUGGCCCAAGACCACCCUGACUGGCUGUUUGGGGGAUAAGAUGACGUAACACGUCGGCCCCCAGAGAGUGCUUGGCGUGGUCGGCUGUGUCGACCUUUGCCGUUUGCCUUAGGUCUUGACGGAAUGGCCGGGGUUUAUCUGCAAGUGUUUCUUUGCUGCCGUCUAACCCAUCGCUGCUGUGUUGCCUCUUAACGCUUGAGCCUUCACCAUUCUUUCUGUGUUUGCUGUGCAGCUGAUGUGCUUGUGACGACGCAGCACAGGGAUGUCACCCGUCGGCUCGACACGACCAGCUUUGGGGCUUUUUUUCUCCAAGAGGUCCUUAAUGACCCUGUGGAGUUUCCACACUUUGUCCUUUCUUUUCCUGUUUCUUUUUCUCUUGUUUGUCUUCUGGAAGUUCCAGGCCCUCUCUGGUGACUGACACUGAAGUCUUCUCCUCAGAUUCUUUCUGCUGUUGGACACGGUACUCAUUGGCGGGCUCUAGCACACGGAUCACUCCUAAGCUGUGCUUCCCUAGACGUUCACGUUCCCCUUUCUGAGCCAGUUCCAAGUUAGGCGCAGCCAUCAUGGCACGUCUUCCCCAAGGACGGCAGGCGGCGUCUCCCAAGAACAGGGGAACCCUCCCAUGUCACCGCCAUACGGUUAUCACAUCCGGAAACGAUCGCACUGAUGUAGCACUGUUAGCUGGCACAUGGUCCGCAUUUCAGAUUCCUCCAGUUCUCCCAGUAUUUACAGGUUUUUGAAAAAUGUAGGAUCCAGUCAAGGGAUAUGCUUUGUUGUAGUCAUUAGUUUUGACUAGUCUCUCUUUAAAAUAUAGAAGUCUCUCCCGGCCUUUUAAUUUUUGUUCUUUUAUGGCAGUACGUUUUUGAAAAGUCAAGGAUGUUAUUUUGCAGAAUAUCUCUCGAUCUGGAUGUUCCUGCUUGUUGCUUCAUGAUUAGAGUUAGGUUAAAUUUUUUUCUUCUGGUCAGAAAGCACUGCAUAGGUGAUGUGUCCUCAGGAAGUACAUAAUACCCCAUCAGUGGGGAUGAUUUGGAGAAAAGUCUGAUUACUUGGUUAGGGUGGUGUCUACCAGUACUUAUAAAGGUACUUCCCCCGUUGGUUAUGAAUCUUGGGUGAUGCUUUGAAUCAGUGUGUAUAUCUUCUUUUUUUUAAAAAUAUUUAUUUAUGUAUUUAUUUGGCUGCACCAGG